UGUCUGGAGCGCUCCCCUGUCAUCAGACUGUCUGUCCAACCGGACACGGAGCACCAUCUCUGCCCGGAGGACUGAGGAAUCCUGGGAGGCUCCGUCUCUCUGCCGUUUCUUUCAGACACCAGAUGUAAACUUAAACCUGCCGGUUCAGCUAUGAAGACAGGGCAAAGCUGUGUGGAGACACCGGCGCCUCUCCGGGAGGUCAAAGAGUUGCUCCAGAAACUGGCGCGCGGAGAAGAGGAUGUCCCGGAGAAGCAAGACGAAAGCAAAUACGUUGAUUUGGGGUUAGCGGACGUGAACACAGGCGGAGAAAAAUUGGGGAAAGACUGUCACUUUGGUGAAAAAACCCAAAUGUCUGUCCUUAUUGAGAGCAGUGGUGCCGGAGCUCUGCGCGCAAGGGAACCAAACCAUGAGCUGGCGAUUAAAACCAAUGCUGAAACUGAGAAGAACAAGGAGUCUGGAGUUGGGAAAUGUGCAGAAGAUGUCAAAGAGGGUCCCUCUGAUGCAUCAUCGUUGUCAGAUCCCCCUUGUCUUAACGCAAAAUCAGAGGAUUGCCUCCAAUCAGGAGACAAAGGAGAGCCCGCCAUGACGCAGGCCGAGGUGUCCAAAGAAGAAGACAACAACAAAAACACACCAAAAGAUAAGGAAUUACACGGUAGUGAUAACUACCUGAGCGGGGAAAGUGAGUCGGAUAAUUGUGAGGAUGAUGAUGAUGUUAGUUUGGUGCUUUCCGACGACUGCCUCCCGUGCGUAACGGAGGACGAGUCCCAUUACAUUACCACGCACGAGAUCCAGCUCUCAGAGCUCUCUGACCAUGGGGAGGAUUACGACCUCGGGGUGGGCUCCUCCACCAGCUGGGACAUUGAGGAUGACAACCAGGUGUACUCUUUUGUCGAUUACGCUUCUUUUGACGGUGAUGGAGCGGUGGGGCAGAGGGGGGGCGGCCACGAGCCUUGCUCUCAGGGCGCAACAGCAGUCAGCACUCUGCUUGAAAGUGAUCUGUGCGACGCGGCCAAGUUCACCAGCUCAGAUGAGAGUGUGUCAAAGCCCCAGCAGCAGCAGUGCAGUGGCAACAGUGCGGGACAGAUCCACCUGUCAAUCAGAACUACUUCUCGAGCUAUAAAUGACCCUAGCAACAUCCAAGAACAGGGAAAUAUCCUUUAUCAUGCCAGGCGCUCCGGAGACAUGAGCCGUUAUGUGUUUAGGGGUGUUGAUGGAAAGGCAGAGACGUUGUGUGACAGGGCGAAGUGCUUCAUAGCAGCGCCCGGACGCUUACACUUUGGCCGCAAAUUGAGGGGAAAAGAGGUCACCGAGUAUUCCAGCGGUGCGUCCAGCGCUGUCAGCGACCUGGACGACGCUGACAAGGAGGUGCGCAACCUGACAGCCAAAGCCUUCAAGAGCCUGGCUUAUCCUUAUUUUGAUGCCAUUAAUUUCAGCACCUCCAGUGAGUCAUCUGCAUCAGAGCAUGGGAAGGGGAUAAACAGGUGGUCCACGUUUGUUGACCUGAAAUAUGGCAACAUGAAUAUGUCACAGGGACUGGACCAAAGUGUCGUUUCCCAUCAAAACUCAACGGCCUCAUUUGAAAUAGCCAAAAAUAUAGACAGUAGAGGUUAUAAGGGUAUUGCACUGGCAAACAUCAAACCGCCCACCAGCAAGAUCUUCACUCUGAAUGGCAACCCCCACAGCGCAUCAUCAUCUACAAAGCAAAUAGAACUGAUGGGGAAAUUCAGUCAGGGCCAGAGUGGAGUGAUCCGACUCACAGAGACUCUGAAUUUUCGUUGCAAUGUCAAAUCAGGAAUGUCUGGGGGAGAAAGGCACACUAACUUUGCACAAAACGCUGCAGGAUCACGUUCCACAUAUGAGGUUACCAACAGUUUGCCAAGCAGCCUGAGCAGAGGGGCCAGCAAGUUGCCCUCCAAAACCAUGGAUGACACACAGAAGAAAGCCAUAUUCGCCUCGAGUCUGAUCAAAAAUGUGAUUUCUAAGAAGAUGCAGUUCGAGCAGGAGCGCAAGAUGGAAAGAGGAGAGAUAAGUGAGCCGCCUUCCUCGUGCGCUGUGCACCAGGACAGCGACAGGGAGAGAAGCAGCAGGCAGCUGCAGAGACAGAGCUCCAAGUUUUCCGACAGCAGCUCUGACUACGUUAUUAUGUGCGUGGAUGAAUUAGGGGACAUCGUGGACAGCGGCUCAUGUGAUAGCAAGAGCAACUCUCGAAGACAUGACACGACCGCUCCCGCACCAGGAACUAAUUUGGAACCAGCGAUUGAAGCUGGAAUCGAUACUAAAAAAGGCGCAUUGGAAGCGUCUAAAAGCACGCUGCUUCGCAGCCAAAAUAGCGCAUUCAGAUGCUGGAAGGACGAGGAGCUAGAGUUUCAAAAGGAUCAUAAAAACGAUAAAACUCGGGAGAAGUCGCUUUCAGCUAACGACAAAGAGGGUGACGGAGAUCAGUACUCAGCGAGCAGCGGUAAACCGACUAAAAUGUCACAUUUGUUUGUGCCAAGUAUCCAACUGCUGCCCAGUGACGGAGAAGUCGGACAGCAGCUGCAGAACAGGAAUUAUUCUCCAAAUGGAGAUGAAGGAGGGACACAACUGCGCUCUGACAACACGUUAUACAUCGCAGACUCCAGGACCGUGGCCACAUCUAAAUCUCCGGAAAUUAAAAUUAACUUAAGGAGCGUCAGGGACAAUAAAACUGAGCCUUUCGGCGUCUCCAAAUUGCGCGCUCCUAAUAUAGGCUGUAACGCAGCCAGCCUCAUCAGAACAGAUGACUUCAAAUGCCAGGCUCUGGCUGCAGCUCUGAAGGGUGAGUCGUCAGAUAAAGUGCCGCAUUUCAUGGUCAGAGACAUUCGAGAUAAUAAAGGAAAGCUGCAGACGCCCAUACACCAAGUGAGAGACGUGCGUAAACUGGUGAAAAGUUCCUAUCACUUUGUUUCUUUGGAUAACAACGAAAAUAAAUCCAACUUUUUAUCUGCUGACGGCCAUUCAGAGCAAAAGAAGCAAAUGUCCCAUCGAAAUCCUAAUUCUGUGUCACCUAUAGUGAUCAAAUGUCAGUCUGUGAAUACAAACAGUAACGGAAAACAAGCUGGGAAUCUUACUGAGUUAUCUAACCUGGAGCCGUUUGACACGGAUAGAUCGUCGCCAGAGGGCGCUAAAAGUGCUCCAGUGCAAAGAGCAGCAGGGAAAGCACCCAUAGGUAACUCAAAUAAUACCUCAGAUGGAGCCAGUGGAUUGAGAAUUGAAAGUGGAACGGCUCCAAAGAUACAGGAAAAAAUAUCAGAUAUCACAGAUAAGAAAACUGAGUCAAAGAUGACAAACCAGGGAGCUUUAGAAAAACUGCAGGCUGCUGUGAAAACCAUGGAGCAGCUGUAUUCAUUUGAAAGGAAUGAAUGGAAAAGGAAGAAUGAGCCCCAGCUCCUGACAGACAGCCAUGUGCUUUCACUGAUAGCCAGUGAGGAGCAUAUGGGACCUGAGGAGGAAGGAGCAAGAGGGUCUAACAUGGACAAGAUGGUCAGAAGAGACUCCUACCCCAACAAUGACAAGACACCACCAGCGGUAGCAGCGACCCCCGGCACUGACUGCCUGCUGAGGCGAGAGGAUAAAGACCCCCCCGUGGUCCUACAGACUCCUGCCAGCCGUGAUGACAAGCUUGUUACAAGGUCAAUGCCAGCCACCAGCACCACAGGGAACAAAAACAUGUUCAGCCUCAGCUCAAGCCUCAAGGCCUCCACAUCGGCAAAGACGCCCCAGCCAAACACCAUCACACAAACACCUUUUAGCCCGAAAAGCUUCGUACCAAAGUCUCCAAAAUUGCCUGUGUCCUUAAAAAUCAGCCAGACGAAACUGAGUGGAAAUGAAGGAGCUGAAUUUAAGGAAGUAGAGAGGUCCACACAGGAGCUCUUGAGCGCCUCGGCUGACAAUGAGAACUACCUAACCAUUCCGGUCAAGUCUCAUGCCAGCAGCAACAAACAAACCUCAUCUGCUGAUAAAACAUCCAUGUACACAUUUACCACCCAGACACAACCAACCACUCCUUCAGGACACUUGGCAUCCAGCACCAGGGGCUUGGAAGACCACAACCAGACCCCUAAACGCUCCAGCAUUGUGAUGGACACACGCUCACCAGAGGUCCCAUCUGCCACCAUCUAUCACUCUUUGCCACUGGGCAUGACUGCCAGUCAGCCUCAGGUGUACUGCUUCUCACCAGCAAUCACCCCUGCUCCCACCCUGGACCCCUUCCAGGCCACCCAGAGGAAGAUGCUCCUGGAUCCCACUACUGGAAACUACUAUCUAGUGGACACUCCUGUGCAGCCGGCCACCAAGCGCCUCUUUGACCCUGAAACAGGCCAGUAUGUGGACGUGCCCAUGCCGCAACCUCCUAUGACCCCAGUGCCCAUGCCCAUCUCACCUCUGGCUCUCAGUCCAGGAGCAUAUGGACACACCUACAUGAUCUACCCAGGCUUCAUGCCGACACCUUCCAUGAUUCCGGCCCGGACACUGGUGCAGUCGCAGAUAUCAGUGCAGUCAGAGGCGGAGAGCAGAGAAAAAGCCUUGUCGCAGCAGACAGAGAGCAUGUACAUGGAGAGUCCCUUCUACAUGGCCACUGGAAAAUCUCCCCAGGCGGCCUCUGGGGCUCAACAGCAGGCCGCUGGCAACAGGCUAUCGCAGGGCUUCUCCAGCGUCAAGCAGCCGGUCAUCAGCAUCACCUCCCAGCAGGGGCCCCGGAUCAUAGCUCCGCCCUCGUUUGAUGGGACCACCAUGAGUUUCGUGGUGGAGCACAGAUGAAGGGCAACUUUACUGGACAGGGCUGAGCUGUGAGUGGAUGCUGGACCGUUCUGGGCUUCGAUAUCUUCAUUUUGCUACAUUUGUUUAUUGUAUUGGCUGGAGGUGAUGGAUCGGGUUCCUUGUCUAAAAGGGCUCCUUUACAUCCUGUUUCACCUUUUUUAAAAGUACAAGAUAUGUAUAAAGUAUGUAAUUUUUGUUUUAUAAUGCCACAUUGUAGAAAAUUGAAAGACUCUAGCAUUGACUUUGCUAACACAGUAAUUGCAAACCGUUCUCAUUCUGAGAUUGUCAAAUACAGAGGCUUUGUCCUGCCCCUUGGCUUGUCAUAACAGGUCACACUUUAGUUUCUCUAUAUGAUUCACAGCUGAAACAUAUUGUUACACAUGGUUAAUGAGUGAAACAGUUGUGGUUAGGUGUGGGCAACAAAAGUACUUGGUUAGGUUUAGAAAGAAAGAUCAUAUUUUGGGUUUAAAGAAGUAUGUUGGUCACGUUACAUAACAAGAUGUAGGUAUGUAGGUGAUGUAAUGUUACAUUAAAACAACCUUGAUUUUUGGUUUCAGUUUUGGUUUGUAGUUUCCUGGGUGAUGUGUUUUUCUUUGACCCAUCCACCACCUGUCCCUUCCACACAUACGCUCAUUAAACCACAUCAGCUGCUGAUGAAUGAGUUUACCUUGGAGUUUCUUGAAAGCUGCAUCUGAUGAAGAUGCUAAAGGGUGCCUUUGGCGUUGAUAUCACAUGCCGAGGGGCGUGACAAACACUGGCAUUUGAUACCUUGGGAAUGAGAAUAGGCUGGUAAUCAAUCACCCCCUAAUCUAUCAGGGUUAAACUCUGAAAAUUGUCAGAUUAUGUUGUUUUUUGUUAUUUUUGUUAUCUAUGUCAUUUUACAACACAUUGCAUAAUCAUUUUUUUGAUGACGAUAGUUGCCAAUUAACAUUUUUUUACCAUCUCUUGUGUGUUUGAUUUUACGCAUUGUCACUGUUAUGGCUUCAAAAUGCAUGAUCAGUACUCACCAACAUGUGUUUUUAUUUACAUGGAUCUGUAUCUGUUGAUCUAAUUUGUCUGUUGAACAUAUGGUAGAUGUCCUGGAGAUCUCCCAUCAUGCACUUUUCCUGCAUAUAUAGCAGAAUAUUCAAUGAAGGUUUUAAUCAUGGUGUAUCACACUUCAUCUAUAGACCACAUGGGGACAGUCUUUGCUAGGUCAAGAGUUGAUUAAUUAUUCCCUGAUCACACAACAAUAAAAAUGGCCAGCCUUCUCACUAGAAUGGAAAGGUUUUAGUUUUCAAAUCAGCUCUGAAAAGACAGGCAGUGCAGCUAAAGGAUGCUGUCUGUAGCAGGCAGGAUAGAGAGGGACCCCAAGGAUAACUCUACUGUGUAACCUGCACACUGAUGUCAUUUUUAGCCCAGUUUGACACGUAUUUCAUUAUGUAUCUAGUUGUUAUUUUUGACACAGAUUAUUGUUUUGUACUUGAAAUAGUUCAGACUUAGGAUCUGCUGGGCAGUCCAUCCUUUCAUUUUCAAUCAAUUGUUUGUUACUUUAAUGUCUUUAUGAGGACACUAGAAAAUCUAGUCCAACCCUACAAGUAUUCUUUUACAAUAAUUACAGUAUUGAUGUUGUUAUAAAAGAAUGCCACCCCGUUUGUAAAAAGAUUGUAGUGAAUUUUUUAGACGUGCCAUCAAGAAGUGUUGUAAGCUAUUGUAUUCAAAUGAAUAAGCCACAUGGAUUUUAAAGGUUGUUUGAAUUAUUAAGUUUGCUGUCUCCUGAGCUGCUAAGAUGUUUUAGAAAAUGCUAUGCCAUGGUCACUGUUUGGGUUUUAAAUGUUGCUCCAUUACUGGCUUAACUGCAGUCGCCUUAUUAUCAUUGUUAGGAAUAUGUACAAUAUAUUUGGAAAAAGUCUAAAUUAAAGGGUCAAUUCAUCCAUAUUACAAAACAUUAUGAUUUCAGCCUAGUCGCCAGAAGGAAAUGUUACAUGAAUACGUUACAUUAGCUUGUUUCCUACAUAUCAUUUCAAUUUAUAAAGUGACACAGUGUAUGAGCUGACUUUGUCAUCAGGAGGUGGAGGGGGUGGUUGAACGGACGGUGGAUGGUGUGACACCUAGGCUAGACCAACAUGUUCUCAUCCCAAGUUGUCACAUAUUGACGCUUUGUUAGCGGCCUUUCACAUCUACGUAUUCAACGCAUAUCCUGUGUUUGCUAUUGACAAUCCAGGACGCUGCACCCGACGCUAGAACAUCAAUGCCUAAACUUGAACAAGCACAUAGUUAGGUUUAGGCUACAAAAGCAUGUGGUUAGGGUUAGAAAAAACCCCAUCAUGGUUUAGCUCAACAGUCAUAUGGGAAGUGAACACCAGACUCCCAGGUGAAAGUCCAGGGUUUGUUGGUGGUCCCAUCCACCACCACUCCUGCCCAUCCUGUAGCUGUAGGGACUUUCCAGCACCCUAUAAUAAGUCAUAACUGGCAGUGUUUCAACUGGAAACUGUCCAGUGGCAUAUCAUAUUGCUGCUUAAUUAGGCGUUGCUGUGUUUUCAGUGGCUUUUAAGGCAUGAAAAUUGGUUGUUUUCCAUCGGGACAUUUUUGUUUUUCCAGGUGGGAUUGUGCCCCUGAAAUCAGGUAUUUCACAUCAAAACAUGAUCUUUUCCUCACCAUAACCAAGUGGUUUGUGUGCCUAACUCUAACCAUACAUUAAACACAGUGUUUUUUGAAACAUAAGGUUUCAAUGUAUUCUGUGAAUAAUAAUGUGGAACUGUAACAUAUCCGUGGUAUGCAGAGCGCACAAUGUCAACAUUUUUUCUAGUGUUUGGGUAUGACAGUAUCAUAUGGCAGAAAAAAUAAUUGAUGCGGAAAUAUGUCCAAAGAGGUUAUUUAAACAAUUGAUAAACUGAGUGCACAGAUUAAUAUACCAACCAACCUAAUCAACAAUCCUUGCAUUGAUAAACCCCGCAAAAACAAAUAUUUAGAAUGAUCAUUUAUUCAGACAAAUCUUUAAUUGCUGUGUUUUGUGAUUGAUGCAGCACUUGCAGCAGCUUUUGACUGUGCAUGGAGAAUAGCCUUCUGAACUGUUGUAUAGAGAAAUGAACUUCUGUGUAAGUGUAAAUACUGUUUUCACAGGUCUCAAGGAAGACUUAAAGUUCUGAUACGUCACUGAUUCAAAGCCUUGCACUUGCACAAGGACACUCAAACAGGGUAGGGCUUUGAAGCCACACCACCCUGCUGCUUUGAAACAAUGACGAUGAACAUUCUGGCAAGACAGUAAAUAUUGUGAAGGUAAAAGAAAGUCAAUGUGUAACAAAGAGAAGUGAGGACGUUUGUGACCUUGAGAACAAGGAGACUUUUAUUUGGAAUGAAAUGGUGAACACACUGCAGGGAAAAGUGUGUUCGGACAUAGACAUGAAAGAAUUGGAGAUCUUGUAAUGCUCAAAUGAAGGCUCAGGUGAAGUUUGUAAUUUGGAUGUGUUUUGCAAAUGUACAGUGUUGGUUCAAAAUUGUGUCACUGAUACCGCAAGGGAUGUUUCAUCAUUUGCUAUUGUUUAAUGUGUGAAAUUGUAAUAAACAUGAAACCCUUUUGCA